AUGUACUUAAACCGCUCCAAAAACAAGCCCAAGAUACCCAACACCAGCUACAAGACGCGCUCAACAUACAAGGAAGUAGCGCUCGACUUUGUUCAACACACCCAACCAACACCAUGGAUCCAUAAUACCAAAGAGUUUGAGAUGGAAAAUCUUUGUGUCCGACCAUGUACCACCAAGAAAUAA